CACACAAAAGCAGCAUAAUUAACUGUCUUAAGGCAGCCGAGCCUCCGCCAGCUGGGAGCUGGCGAGAAGCACACACUCGGGAGGCACGGGCGGGAGGGUGGCAGGGGCCGCGAUCGCAGCCGGCAGAGGGGCAGGCGACCACCGACUGCGUCCGCCCCCCACCCCUGGACAAGAGCAGCCCCUCUGCGCCGCCUCGCUGCUCCGGGUGACCUUCCCUGGGUGCAGAGUCCGCCCCAGCGCCCGCCGCCCUCCGAUGCUCUGAAGGCCCCGGGGCUGCGCUCGGAAGGCCGGGGAUGUCCGGCUGCAUCGGCGCGGGGCUCGCCUUUGUUUGCGCGUAACCGGCAGAGGCCGCCGAGGAUUCAUCUCUGCUGCCAGCCAGAGCCUCUCCUCGGCUCUCAUGGGGACCACGGAAGCCACGCUCCGGAUGGAAAACGUGGAUGUGAAGGAAGAAUGGCAGGACGAAGCUCUUCCCAGGCCGCUCCCGGAAGAGACGGGGAUGGACCCGCUUGGCAGCCCCACGGAAGACACGUCCUCCCCUCCCAAUGCCUUGAACUUCAACGGAGCUCAUCGCAAGCGGAAGACGCUGGUCGCCCCGGAGAUCAACAUUUCCCUGGAUCAGAGCGAGGGCUCCCUGCUGUCUGACGACUUCCUGGACACCCCCGAUGACCUGGACAUCAACGUGGAUGACAUCGAGACCCCCGACGAGACCGACUCGCUGGAGUUCCUGGGCAACGGCAACGAGCUGGAGUGGGAAGAUGACACCCCCGUGGCUGCCGCCAAGAACAUGCCCGGGGACAGCGCGGACCUCUUUGGGGACGGCGCCACGGAAGAUGGUGGUGCCGCCAAUGGGCGCCUGUGGAGGACGGUGAUCAUCGGAGAACAAGAACACCGAAUCGACCUGCACAUGAUCCGGCCCUACAUGAGGGUAGUGACCCACGGAGGGUACUACGGCGAAGGUCUCAACGCCAUCAUCGUGUUUGCUGCCUGCUUCCUCCCGGACAGCAGCUCCCCCGACUACCACUACAUCAUGGAGAACCUCUUCCUGUACGUCAUCAGCAGUCUGGAACUGCUCGUGGCGGAGGAUUACAUGAUCGUGUACCUGAACGGGGCCACCCCCCGGCGGAGGAUGCCCGGCAUCGGCUGGCUGAAGAAGUGCUACCAGAUGAUCGACAGGAGAUUGCGGAAAAACCUGAAGUCCCUCAUCAUCGUGCACCCGUCCUGGUUCAUCCGCACCGUCCUGGCUAUCUCCCGGCCCUUUAUCAGCGUCAAAUUCAUCAACAAGAUCCAGUAUGUGCACAGCUUGGAGGAUCUGGAGCAGCUCAUCCCCAUGGAACACGUGCAGAUCCCAGACUGCGUGCUGCAGUAUGAGGAGGAACGGCUCAAGGCCCGGAGAGAGAGCACCAGGCCGCAGCCAGAGUUCGUCCUGCCCCGGUCUGAUGAGAAGCCAGAGGCCGCGUCGGCGGAGGACAGGUCUGCUCUGGCCACGGAAGAUCAGGAAACAAGCAUGUCCUGAGGUGACAAGAAUGCAGAGAAGAACAAGAAAGAAGAUUCCAGAUGCCAAGAAACCUCUGUCAGACGCCCUCUGGCCCUGGACCUCAACCCUGCCUCGCCCUGAGUCCCCGUCUUCGGGGUGGGGGUGUGUGUGCCAGUCCCCUCCAUCCAUCUCUGAAACCCAGCAUCCUUUUUAGCUGCUUGGAAGCAUUUUUGUUUUGUUUUUUAUUAUUUAAACAGCGCAGUAUUCGUGUGUUCCAGAAGGGGCCCUGGUUCUCAGCCCUCCACCCCUCCACACUCAUGAGCUCAUGGCCAGGAUGAGCGAGCGGCUCAGGGCACGACCCGUGUGUCCUGGACGGCUUCAGAGACCCCUCCCACUGCGCCAAGUCCUGGUUCGAGACCCUUCUGUCGUUUGUCACCUGGCCCACGUUGGAGCCACCGAUGCCCACCAGCUCCCUGGCCGGAUCUGGAUUCGUUCUUGUGCCUUUUCUCCUAGAAUAUUCCCUGCAGCUCUGGGCAUCUGGCCUGGAAGCUCAGCCGCCCAGCAGGGCCGUGCCCCAGGGACCUCCCAGCCUUCCAUUUGACCAGCUCCCUUCAUCUCUUGUGACACCCGCCAUCUCUGGGAGCAUCGGAACCCACAGCACACAAGUGCGCUGCCGAUAACCAUCCCUGCCCUGCAGUUACAAAGCCGCCCCUCCCAGUCUAGAACAUUCUCAAGCCCCUUUAACAUGGAUGCCACCGCAGGGCAAUCCUGAUCAAUCAAUACCUCCUACUGAGGGAAUGAAGUCUCCCCACUUUCCUGAGCCCCCUCCACAAUCAAUGCAGGGUUGGGAUGCGCCCCUGAAGUUCCCCCCAAGGGGACCCGGCUCCGAACUGCAUGAAGGAAGAUACAGGGUACUGCAGAUUUGAGUAUUUCGAAGUUCACUUGGGAGAGCACAUCCUUGUAGCCCGGACGCUGUGGGGACCUGCCGUCAAAGGGGGCAAACUGACCUUGGACAAAAGACAGACUUUCCUAAUGCAGCCCAAACCCAGGGCUGGCCAGGUUGGCCUCUAGAGGUAGUGAGUUCCCCACCGGUGGAGGCAUUUAAGAAAAGGCCGGCAAGUGCUUGCAGAAUGUGGCCCUCUGCGGUCCCCUCCAGUCCUAAGAGUCUCUAUUUAUAUAAACCUGAGAACUGGGAUGGACGCCUUCCCCCGGCCCCUCCUAAGCUCACGCAGCUUCUUAGCCGUGGAGAUGGUGAGUGUGGGGUUCCUGGCCCCGGAGGAAAGGUCAGAUGCCUCUCAGCCUGGGACCUCAGGUGUUUGGGAGGGGCCAGUGGUGUUUGGUGCCGCACACAUGGCUGCGUGGGAGGGGGUCCUGCAUGUCACGGGCCGCUCCCACCCCCAACACCAGAGGCUCCUGCCUUGGGGAACGCGGGGUUUCUGAGCGCUCCUGGGCCUGGAUCCCCGGGACACUUGGGGGCGGGGGGGCUCUUAAGUGUGUGUUUCUACCGCGUUUCCCGAAUGUUGAGUGAAGGACAGGCCUGUGGCCCGGGCCUGGUGACUGUGUGUCACCUGGAGCCCGAGGCAGCGGAGGCUGGCAGGCGCCGGGUGCGAGCCGAGGGCUGGGACCGUGCGGGCUGCCCGGUGCCAGGGAGGCGACAGAGGGAGAGGAAGCGGCAGACCGCAGCCCCAGACGAGCCCGCAGCUGCACGGGGACCCCCCGGCUGGCCCGCCGCCCUCGGACCACCAGCAGCCACAGACCCCGGCAAGCAGGACCCAGGACCCCGGCUCAGCCGCGGCAGCCCCUCCAGAAUAAAGAGGGACCCCGCGGUGGGGGGCGCUGUCCCCAGGCGCACAGCUCCGUCCCCACGGGGCCACCACGUCCAGGCCAGCCGCUGCCCGCACUCAGAGCGCCUUUGUGCAAGGCGUGCGUCCCGGGGCGGUCGCAGCCAAAACGCAACGGACCCCGGGCUUCGUGGGAAAGGGACCCCGGGUUUUCCUCCCAUGACACGUGGGAUGUGUCCCAGGUCGUAGCUCACAUGUCCAUCCUCACCACGGCGAGUUUUGUGGUUUUUAAAAAAAGAAACCCUUCAUUAUGAUUACUGUCGUGAUGUUCAGACAUCAUCUCCAUGAGCUUUGGGGGAUUUUUAUGUGGAAAUAAAUACGCGAUAACUGAGAA